UGAGUACCGCGGGAAAGUGCGAAUAUUGAAAAGAAAUUUAGAUUUUAAGCAAGUGUCAUGUGGUACAUGCUGCAGAUUAGGGUCUAUCGCUGUUGCUGAAUUCAUUUUGUAUUGAUAUAAAUAUCGUACUAAUUGUCCAAGCCGAUAUAUGCAGUACUGGCUGUACAUAAUUUGCCAAUCACUGACGGCAGUGGCUUGGACCGUAAGCAGGAAUCGAGAAUGAGUGGAGAUAGCUUGACACCACCAUUGUCACCUGAGGGAAAUGGCUUUCAUUUUGAAGAAUUACUAGAGCCAUCACCUCCAAAAGUACCAAAAGCUGAUGAGGAGAAUGGAGAUGUUUGUUUCUGUUGUCUUGGAGAAUUGUCGGGCAAGGAGUCUACGUACCAUAGUGAUUCUUACUGGAGAGCAGGAUUUUUACACAGGUUGUUCAGCUCUCCAUCUAGAUGUCUGUUACCAGCAACUGAACCCCUAUCAUUGUUCAGCCACACCUGGCCAUGCUCUAUUAUCCAGAAUUCAAACAUAGAUAAAUUGUUCCUGAUUUUGAGGCAGCAGAUUGGAGAAUUACAGUCCUUGGCACAAAGGUCAAGAGUUUCAUUUGUUUUAGAAGACACAGUGGAUGGGCAAGACAUCAGAGAACAGUGUUGCAGGUUUCUACAGUAUGUUAUGAUCUCCUUACAAAGUGGAAGUGUGGGAGAAGAUAAUCUAGACAAAGUGAUAUGCAGUCUACAUUCUUUGUUGUUAUAUAUGGGAAGAUUGUCAGAGUUACCUCACCAUGUAAUACAAUCAACUUCUGUAGGAAACAAAAGCAGUGUAUCACACCAAUGUUUACAUCUUCAUCUAGAUGUCUACUGGAGACUGUUAUCCAUCUUCCACCAACUCCAGAUAAAAUACCCAGGCUACAGGUAUAGUAGGAGAUUGUGUGUUAUGCCAGAUAAUGACAUUGACUCUUCAUUGUAUGAUCAAAUGCUACAUCUUGUGUUGUGGGACCUUGUUGGCCUAGCUCACCUCAGAUAUGUCAACAAAGUUGUCAACCCCCAGAAGACUUCUAUGUUCUCGUGUAGCUGUGUGAAGGAACUGUGGUUGCUGAUUGUGAAAUUAACAGAAUGGAGGUCAAGCAACCAUAUAGGAGAGUCCUUUUGGAUCAGUUUGCAUCAUGUGAUAAAAUCUGUCAUAGAAGUGGAGAACCAAGCAGUGUUAACAGAAGCUGAAGACAGUGCACUGAUGUUAAAUCCACCUGAUGGCUUCAAAACAGAUGAUGCUGUAGGGCUUUGUUUGUGGAUAAUGUACUGUGUUUCACCACUCUUUGCUCAGAAAGUCCCUGGAAGUAUUACGACUGAAGCUUCUGCUGUUAGCAACUACCAUGAUUUACAAUCAUUGCUCAAGAAACUUCUAUCAACUUCUGGCUUAACAGAGGGUAUUAUGAGACGGCAUUUGAAGACUUGCCUGUUGUUGACCAGUAACUGGGAACCAAACACAAGUAUUCUCAUCACACUCUGGGACUUCUUCUAUAAAAGACUGAAUCAAAAUGAAUCUUACCAAAGUAGCACUGGUACACUAGAAGGCUUGGCGUGUGUAGAACAGAGUGUGGUGAGCAUGUACGAUAGGUGUAAGCAAUGGACUGAAGGUCAUGUUGGGAGUCUUGAUAAAGAGACAAGUUUCCAGUUGUUUUUGAGACUGUUGAGCCAGCAUGUUGGUAAACUGUACAGCAGCGGGUCCACGCAGGAAUGGAAACAAGUCAAGGGCAGGAUUUACUCGAAGUUUCAUGCUCGGCGUGUACAGGAGUUGAUGGAGAGUGGAUUGUAUAAUCUGUCAACAUUGUUUAUCACACUGGGGAUGACUGCAGAUCUCGAAGAUGUUGCAUCAAAGCUGUGUGACUUCUAUGAUAUGCUGGAUGUACAGUCUAUAACCUUUGCUAAACGCUCAGUAGUAUGGCGUGGAGCUUUCACUCUGAUGUUGGUAUAUGUAGAAAGAAACAUGGAUGUUGGCUUCCUGGCUGACAGGAUGAUGGCAGCCUUUGAUAAUGCAGUCAGUGAUUUUGGUGCAGCAGGAAUAGAUAGCAAGCACUUGCUGUGGAAGUUGAUACUGAUUUAUAUAGAGGGUUUACAGGAGGUGAUAGAGACCAGCAGUACGUUACAGCUAUCAGAAUACAAACUAAUCUGUCCUGCAGUGCACAAGUUGCUGACUGUGUGUUCAGAACAUGAACUGAGAUCAACUCUGUCAAUGUUACACUCUGUUGUGCAGAAAUUCAGGCAGGUGAGGUUGGAAGCAGGAAGAGAGGUUUUGUCAACUGUCAGAUGUUCAUUACAGCAUGCAGAGUUUGGUGGCGCCCUCUGGAGGAAUGUGUAUAGUUUUAUUGUGGAUCAUGCACAGACAUUAACCCCACCAGCAGUAAUAGCGGAUAUAGCAGCAUCAUUUUGCCUCUUGUCUCUUACAUGUCCUUCAGAUGAUAGAAGCUUGACAUUCCUGACUGUAUUUCAAACAUUUGCAUCAUCUGACAAAGUCAAUGUCAGCAUAAGCUGCCGCUUCCUUAGCCACCUGUUGUCAUGUGGUGAAGUUAUGGACAAGCUGCAGUCAGACCUUGACAAUUAUGAGAGGUUCAUUAUCAGUGUUUGGUUCAGAUGUUGUUUGUAUGUUCCUGCAGGAUCGCAGAUGUUAGUAGAAAUCACAAGACCUGUGUUACAGUUGAAAGCAGUACGAGAUAUAUUACAACAGGCUGAUAUGAGCAGUGUUGAGGACAUAGACCAGGCCCCACUUCUUUUUCUUAAAGCUUUGGAAAAAGCUCACAUUAAAAUACUGGAUUGGCAGGAGAGGAUGGCAUUCCAGAAGCAGGUUAUACCUUAUUUCUGUGAUGUACAGAAACAUAUAGCUCCAAUAUUGAGGACAAUGACACCUCAGGAAGUUGUAAACAAUGUCUACAAAAUGACGGGCUAUCUCGUCAAACACUGUGCCAAGCUUAUAUAUGUCAGGCAAGAUGUGAUAGUACCAAGUCUGAUUAGCAGUCUGGUGGUUCCACAUAAUGUGCUCAACCCUGAUAAACCUCUGAACCCUGUCUUCCUUAAGGUGAUCAGGGAUCACCUUCAACUGUUUAUCGAGGGUCUUAGCAAGCUGCCGUAUGAUCGAGAUCCUUUUGUGCAGAGAAGAUUGAGGGAUAUUGUCAAUGUCUAUCUACCUAAAUUCUCCAUGCGAUCCAGUUCAGUAUCCAUGACAGCAAGUAGUGUGACCACAGUCCAUCCAGUUGUUAUCAGCUUGAAUGGGUCAUUCAGUCAGAGUCCUUAUGAGGAAUCUGUGAAGUUUAGACAUUACUUCAUCCACAUGGUAAUCAGCAACUUCAUAUCUGUGAAAAAUAUGACUGUUCAUCAGAAUCAUAAUCUGGGCUUUAGCUUUAUACAAGAAGUUGUCCAGAGGACCACAAGUCCUGAAACAAAAGCAAGAGAUCUGCCUGUAGUGCUUCCUGUGUGCCUGGAGUAUUUGUUACUGUUGCCCAAUAAUUCUUCUACAUGGAACAAUGUGUUAGGCAUUCUUCAGCAGCUUGCAGAUGCUUACUGCAGCCACGGACAGUGCAUACAGUUAUCAGAGCUGACAGUAUUGUGUGAGCAGUUCAUCUCCAAUUACUUCAAGUUUAGUAGUACAGGUGUUAUUAAAUUGAUGGAGAAAUUGGCCUUGUUGUUACAAAAUGUUGUUGUCACUGUCAUUAAAAAACUGUCUGAUUGUGUGAUGGAAAUUGAGAACAAGCGAGGAGUAGGCAUGGAUCAGAAAUUAAGAGGGCAGUACUAUCAAGUUCUUAAACAGUUAGGCGAGAGAGGAGUUGAGGAAAUAAAGAGACUACAGUCUAAUGUCUCCUGAAUGUGUUACCAUCUUUGAGGAAGGCAGAUAGAAAGGACUUGUCUUUAGCUGACUGGUUCUUUACCAACUGUGAUUUUUUUACACGUCUGUGGAACAUGAGUAUAAUAAACUUGAAAGUGCUUAAA